AUGGCGUUAAAAAUGGUACGUAAAGCUGUCAAAACUAUAUGUUUACGAGAAAAAUGUAGUGGAUUACAAAGGACUUUAAGCACUAGCGAACCCGUAAGGUUGGGUAUGAUCCCUAUUGUUGUGGAGCAAACUGGACGGGGUGAGCGUGCAUACGAUAUUUACUCUAGGCUUCUCCGUGAACGAAUCAUAUGCCUAAUGGGACCCAUAAAUGACGAAAUAAGUUCAUUGGUUGUCGCGCAACUUUUGUUUUUGCAAUCAGAAUCUAGCAAGAAACCUGUUCAUUUAUACAUUAAUUCGCCAGGUGGUAAUGUAACAGCCGGGCUUGGUAUAUAUGAUACUAUGCAGUAUAUAACUCCACCAGUUGCAACUUGGUGUGUUGGUCAAGCUUGUAGUAUGGCAUCUCUACUAUUGGCUGCAGGAGCACCUGGUAUGCGCCAUGCCUUACCUAAUUCCAGGAUCAUGAUACAUCAACCAUCGGGCGGUGUGAGGGGUCAGGCUACUGAUAUACAGAUACAAGCUGAAGAGAUUUUAAAACUAAAAGCUCAAAUAAAUGGCUUAUAUGUUCGUCAUACUGGUUUGUUAAUUGAUAAAGUACAGUCAUCUAUGGAACGUGAUUACUUUAUGUCCCCAGUUGAGGCUAAGAGCUUUGGCUUGAUAGAUAAUGUUUUAGAGCAUCCACCAUCACAUGCUUUGGAGAAUGAAACUGGUAAUUCAGGAGCUACAGCAACAAAUGCUUAA